AUGUUCCUUUUUUUGUUUGUCGCUGCGGCUUUGUCUGCAGAAUGUACAGAAACCCAGUACUAUGACCAAACAGAAAAUCAGUGCAAAAAUUGUGUUGCCAAUUGUACCACUUGCUUCUCUGCAACAAAGUGCAAAACUUGUACUUCUGGACACUACAUUAACCCGGAUUACCAAUGUGUGAAUAGACCAACGAUAGCCAACUGUGCCACUUGGGAUAACUUAUAUUGUACCAGUUGUGCAGCUCAAUAUUACUUGAAAGAUCAGAAAUGUGAAUCAUGUACUUCUAAUUGUAAUUACUGUAACUCCCAAGAGUGCUUCCAGUGUACAUCUGGAUACACAUUAGUUAAGAAUGGGAAGAGUUGCGUUGACUGUACAAAAUCUGAAAAUGACGCUGAUUGUGGUCGUUGCCCACUCAACCAAUAUUUUGAUACCAAACUCUUUACAUGUGCUGCUUGCAAAACUAAUUGUAUUCGAUGCUCCACAGCCACAAACUGUUUUAUGUGUGGUGGAGACUAUGCUCUUGAAGACCCGACGAAUGCCGACUCCAACUGUUCUACAAUAGCGAAUUGUCAAGCUGGUCAUGUCUACGGUGACCACUGUGAAUUGUGUUUAACUGGCUAUUUCUUGAAUAAUGGUAAAUGCACCGCUUGCAGUGUCGGGUGCAGUCGGUGCAUAGAUGAGAAGACGUGUAUUGAGUGUUCUUCUUCCUUCAAAUUACUUUCUGGGGCAUGCGUCACUUCGAUUGAUCAUUGUAAUCGAGCAAAUAACAUUCAAGGCUGUUUAGAAUGCAAUGAAGGGUAUUACUUGACGACGGGAAGCGUAUGCACACAAUGCAGUACACAGUGUUCGUCGUGUUUAAAUAGUACGUACUGCUUCAGAUGCUCUUCCACACACUACUUUGGUGAGAAAGAAGGCGAGUGCAUUCGGAUGUCAAGUAGUUGUAAAGUGACGGACCAAUAUGGAUGCUUAGAGUGUGAGUAUGAUAAGAAAUUGAGUGAUGAAUGUGAAAAGGACUUUGCAACAGAUAAGACUAUUAACUGCACAACACAAUCAUAUGGUUACUUCUUAUCAGUCACUAAACCAGAAGAUGGAUCUGCUCUUGUGUACGAUAAAGUGUGUUCAAAAUGUAAUCCACACUGCAAAAUCUGCGAGUAUAACUCAACUUGGUGCUCAGCUUGUAACGAUGGAUAUGCACUUAAAGAAGAUGCAGAAGCAAAAGACGCGUAUAACAAGUUGACUGGAGAAACUGCGACAAUUUAUGUCUGUGAAGUGAAGCCUGCAGAGUGUAGUCGAACGGAAAUGGGGUACUGUGUAGAGUGUAUUGACACUUACUUCUUGAGUGGAGUGAAGUGUAUUCAAUGCGACAAGUCAUGUGGAUCGUGCACAUCACCGGAGUUUUGUCAAACGUGUAACUCAGCGACGGAUACUGAAGGGCAUAACAUCUAUUGGAGACCAAAGAGUUUCUCUGACAAAGAAGGAGAAGCUAAAGGGAAGUGCUUCUUAAUAAAUGAGACUGCUUCUGAAUAUGGAUUGGACAAAUGUGCGCAUUACCCCACAACCUCUGGGUGUUCCAAUUGCAAUGCCGGGUAUUACAUCCACGAGAAUUAUUGUCGCAAAUGCCCUGAACGAUGUGGUGAAUGUAAAGAAGUCGGAGACCCCACUGAGACAUCAGAUGGGAUCAUUUGCACGUCAUGUUACAACAACACGUAUAUCUCCACUGAAACUAAUGCGACGUGUUUGGCGUGUAGUACAAUAGAUAAGUGUGUGACGUGUGAAAGCACUGGAUGUCAUGUCUGUGAAGACUCUUAUAGUCCUUCAUUGGAUCGAUUGAAGUGUACUAAAGUCAAUUUGGCCCUCAUUCUGCCAUUGUCUAUUGCUGGUGGAUUAAUUCUGAUUGCCGUCAUAUUAGUCUUCAUCUUCUUGUUAUGGAGAAGACGCCGAAGAACAGAGAAAGAGCGCGAGACUGAGAUUCGACCGUUUAGAGUCUCUUCCGACUUGGAACUUGCACUUCUCUCCGCAGACAAUGAAAAGUUCCCGAUGAAGAUGUCGAAUUGGACGCUUGAUUUUGGGCUGAAGUCUUCUAAAGCGAUAGUCGACACGGCGUACACGCAGAAAUUGGAUAUCAUGAACUCGAGUUCGAAGACGUAUUACUUUGAAUUCUUAAUCAACCCGUCCCACUGUUACGAAUUAGAAAUCAACCCUAUUCGACAGACGUUGAAGCCAGGAUACGCUGUCUCUGUUGAAUUCAAAAUUACGAUGAUAUGCACGGCAGUCGUCUCGCACGAAAUUGGUAUUGUCGCGAUGGAUGUCGACGACAACGAGAAGGAGACUGCGAAGCUGAAAUUAGUGAUAGAAUCGGAUCUGUCCACUAAAUUGGACCACACCGAGUUGAAACCGAUUAUGCCGCCAAUUGGCGAAGGCGCGUUUGGUCUUGUCUUCAGAGGGACUUACAGAGGGACUGAAGUUGCUAUUAAGAAGAUGAAAGCAAGGAAUUUGACUGACGAGCAACAAAAGGAGUUCACACAUGAAGUGACUAUGUUGUCCCAAUUAAGACAUCAAACCACAGUCAAUUUAAUUGGAGCGGUUUAUACGGAAGGAGAAAUAGCGAUUGUCACCGAGUUUGCCGAGUUUGGGUCACUGAGUAAGAUAUGGGGAAAGAACCCGAUUGGAUACGACUUGAAAGUGAAAAUUAUGGACGACUUGGCGGUCGCAUUGCAAUUUUUACAUCAUAAUCAAAUCAUCCACAGAGAUAUUAAAGGAGAGAACGUCUUGAUAUACUCGCUGAACCCGCAUUCAAGCGUUUGCGGAAAACUGACCGACUUUGGGACAUGCAGAAAUGUCUCUGAAAGAGCAUUAAGUACAAAACCAUUGUCGACAGGUAUUGGAACACCAACAUAUAUGUCCCCGGAAUCACUCCAAGGUACGUCGGAUUAUAGCUACCCAGUAGAUAUAUACGCGUAUGGAAUGGUGUUGUAUGAGACGUAUACAGAGAAACAGGGAUACGAAAACGACGAGAGAUUUAACCAACCGUGGAUGAUCCCACAAUUCGUUAUCGAAGGAAAACGUCUCGAGAGAACAGAAGGGAUGCCAGACAACUACUGGAACUUGCUCAACAAGUGUUGGGCCCAAGAGGCGGAGAAGAGACCAAACAUGUCCGAAAUUUUGGAGACCAUUUCGAGCUGGGGGCUGGAUAUCACACACGUCGGAGGUGAAAUCGCACUCAAGAAAGUCGACAUGGACAAGGCAGAGGGACAUGUCGAUGAUAAGGAAGAGAAGAAGGAAACUCCAAUGUCAGAAGAACCAAAGAAGGUCGAAGAGAGCAAGGCCCAGAAGCUUGACUUGUCUUCGCCAGAGUCGUCGAGUCAAUAA